GACGUCAUCACGCAGAGCCGAGUCGGCGCGUCCACAUCCUUUAAAUAUGGUCUUUCCCGGGCGCGCGCGACGAUGUGAGGAGUGGGGUGGAGCGUGUGUGGUGUGUGGCUGCGGCCUGGGCAAGAGCCGCCGCGGACCAUGAGCUGAAUAAGUUCUGGAGGGAUCUUGCCUCUGUUGGAGCCUUCGCAGCCAGGCAGCUGUGAACUGUGAGCUAGAGUGAAGCAGAAAUCUAGAAAGAUGAGCUCCAAGAUGGUCAUAAGUGAACCAGGACUGAAUUGGGAUAUUUCCCCAAAAAAUGGCCUUAAGACAUUUUUCUCUCGAGAAAAUUAUAAAGAUCAUUCCAUGGCUCCAAGUUUAAAAGAACUAUGUGUUUUAUCCAACAGACGUAUAGGAGAAAAUUUGAAUGCCUCAGCAAGUUCUGUAGAAAAUGAGCCGGCAGUUAGUUCAGCAACUCAAGCAAAGGAAAAAGUUAAAACCACAAUUGGAAUGGUUCUUCUUCCAAAACCAAGAGUUCCUUAUCCUCGUUUCUCUCGUUUCUCACAGAGAGAGCAGAGGAGUUAUGUGGACUUGUUGGUUAAAUACGCAAAGAUUCCUGCAAAUUCCAAAGCUGUUGGAAUAAAUAAAAAUGACUACUUGCAGUACUUGGAUAUGAGAAAACAUGUGAACGAAGAAGUUACUGAAUUCCUAAAGUUUUUGCAGAAUUCUGCAAAGAAAUGUGCACAGGAUUAUAAUAUGCUUUCUGAUGAUGCCCGUCUCUUCACAGAGAAAAUUUUAAGAGCUUGCAUUGAACAAGUGAAAAAGUAUCCAGAAUUCUAUACUCUCCACGAGGUCACCAGCUUAAUGGGAUUCUUCCCAUUCAGAGUAGAGAUGGGAUUAAAGUUAGAAAAAACUCUUCUUGCAUUGGGCAGUGUAAAAUAUGUGAAAACAGUAUUUCCCUCAAUGCCUAUGAAAUUGCAGCUCUCAAAAGACAAUAUAUCUACCAUCGAAACGUCAGAACAAACAGCUGAAGCUAUGCAUUAUGAUAUUAGUAAAGAUCCAAAUGCAGAGAAGCUUGUUUCCAGAUAUCACCCUCAGAUAGCUCUAACUAGUCAAUCAUUAUUUACUUUAUUAAAUAAUCAUGGACCAACGUACAAGGAACAGUGGGAAAUUCCAGUGUUUAUUCAAGUAAUACCUGUUGCAGGUUCAAAACCAGUUAAAGUAAUAUAUAUUAAUUCACCACUUCCCCAAAAGAAAAUGACUAUGAGAGAGAGAAAUCAAGUCUUUCAUGAAGUUCCAUUAAAAUUUAUGAUGUCCAAAAACACAUCUGUUCCAGUCUCUGCAGUCUUUAUGGACAAACCUGAAGAGUUUAUACCUGAAAUGGACAUGUCCUGUGAAGUCAAUGAGUGCCGAAAAAUUGAGAGUCUUGAAAACUUGUAUCUGGAUUUUGAUGAUGAUGUCACAGAACUUGAAACUUUUGGAGUAACCACCACCAAAGCAUCAAAGUCACCAAGUCCAGCCAGUACUUCCACAGUACCUAAAAUGACAGAUGCUCCUACAGCCCCCAAAGCAGGAACUACAACUGUGGCACCAAGUGCACCAGACAUUUCUGCUAAUUCUAGAAGUUUAUCUCAGAUUCUCAUGGAACAAUUGCAAAAGGAGAAACAGCUGGUCACUGGUAUGGAUGGUGGCCCUGAGGAGUGCAAAAAUAAAGAUAAUCAGGGAUUUGAAUCAUGUGAAAAGGUAUCAAAUUCUGACAAGCCUUUGAUGCAAGAUAGUGACUUGAAAACAUCUGAUGCCUUACAGUUAGAAAAUUCUCAGGAAAUUGAAACUUCUAAUAAAAAUGAUAUGACUGUACAUAUGGUACAUGCUGAUGGUGAAAGACCUAAUGUUCUGGAAAACCUAGACAGCUCAAAGGAAAAGACUGUUCGAUCAGAAGCAGCUAAAACUGAAGAUACAGUUCUCUGCAGCAGUGAUACAGAUGAGGAGUGUUUAAUCAUUGAUACAGAGUAUAAAAAUAAUAGUGAUGGAAAGACAGCUGCUGUGAGUUCUAACUUAAGUUCUAGACCAGCUAGUCCAAAUUCUUCUUCAGGACAGGCUUCUGUAGGAAACCAGACUAAUACUGCUUGUAGUCCAGAAGAGUCAUGUGUUUUAAAAAAACCAAUCAAACGAGUAUAUAAAAAAUUUGAUCCAGUUGGAGAGAUUUUAAAAAUGCAGGAUGAGCUCUUAAAGCCAAUUUCCAGAAAAGUACCUGAAUUGCCCUUAAUGAAUUCAGAAAAUUCUAAACAGGCUUCUGUUUCUGAGCAAUUGUCUGGCCCUUCAGACUCCUCUAGUUGGCCGAAAUCUGGAUGGCCUUCUGCAUUUCAGAAGCCAAAAGGACGUUUGCCGUAUGAACUUCAGGACUAUGUUGAAGAUACAUCGGAAUACCUAGCUCCUCAGGAAGGAAAUUUUGUGUAUAAGUUAUUUAGCCUGCAAGACCUGUUGUUACUCGUACGCUGCAGUGUCCAGAGGAUAGAGACAAGACCACGUUCGAAAAAACGGAAGAAAAUCCGAAGACAAUUUCCAGUUUAUGUACUACCAAAAGUAGAGUAUCAAGCUUGUUAUGGAGUUGAAGCUCUGACUGAAAGUGAACUUUGUCGCUUAUGGACUGAAAGUUUAUUGCAUUCCAACAGCUCGUUUUAUGUUGGGCAUAUUGAUGCAUUUACUUCAAAGCUUUUUCUGCUGGAAGAAAUUACCUCAGAAGAAUUAAAAGAAAAGCUUUCAGCACUCAAGAUUUCCAAUUUAUUUAACAUCCUCCAACAUAUUCUAAAGAAAUUAAGUAGCUUGCAGGAGGGUUCCUACUUGUUAUCUCAUGCAGCAGAAGAUUCUUCACUCCUGAUCUAUAAGGCCUCUGAUGGAAAAGUUACUAGGACAGCAUACAAUUUGUAUAAAACACAUUGCGGCCUUCCUGGUGUACCUUCCAGUCUCUCAGUUCCCUGGGUCCCAUUAGAUCCCAGCCUGUUAUUACCAUAUCAUAUCCAUCAUGGAAGAAUACCUUGUACUUUUCCACCUAAAUCACUGGAUGCCACAACACAACAAAAGGUUGCUGGAACAAGAAUGCCUACACGCAGCCACAGGAAUCCAGUUUCCAUAGAAGCCAAAAGCAGUUGCUCGCCUGGUCAGCAAGUUGAAACUGAAGGAGUGGCUCCACAUAAAAGAAAAAUAACUUGAGGACUGUACUAUGGAAAAUUAAAUUUAAAAAAAAAAAGUUAUAGCAAUGUUUAAUUUAGAAAAGUUUGAGGGGAAAUAAUCAGUAGGUAAGAGGAACAUUUUUCCUAUAGUAGCUAGAGUGCCUUGAAAAAAUGUGUUGGCUAUGUGAAGGAAUGUUUCAACUAAAAUGGAAUGUUAUGCUUUUCACCCUUAAAGUUUAAGGAAGAUCUUGAUAUGUUUUAACAUUAUCAUGGCAGGGAAAUAUAUAAAGAAGAAAAAUAUUUUUACAUUAAACCUUUUCUAAAAAUUGUAAAUAGAAAAAUAAUUUGCUUUUUUAUCGAGAACAACACUUAAUCAUUAUGUAUUGUGUUAGUUAUAUUGCCAGUCUGUUGAGACUGACUCAAAAAGUUAAAUGUUGCCACUGCUGAAGAUGAUUAUGAGCAUCGGAAACCUUGUUUCUGACCCGUUUUGACAGUUUUUAUAUACUCCUUUAAAAUGAUGAAUGUUGCAGGUUAAUAAAGUUAAUACCUUUAAAAACUUGGUGAAAUUCCAUUAAAGAAGCCAAAAAUAAAAACUCCCUGCCUCUGAAAAGUCAGAUUGCUAUCUUCUUGUUUGGCAACCAUCAGUUUGUUUAAAAAAGAGAAAAAAAUUUGAUGGUAUAACAUGUUUGAUGACAAAUGCCUCUAUCUCUAGAUUCAAGCUGAGUGUUGAAAUACACUGCUGAAAGCAAAGAGAUUGGUAUGUUUUCCAGAAAAAAAGUCGGUGUCAUUGCUCCAAAUGACAAGGUUAAUGUGGUAAAGCAUGAGCUUUUUUUGUUUUGUUUUCUUUUGAGACGAAGUCUCACUCUGUUUCCCAGGCUGGAGUGCAGUGGCAUGAUCUCAGCUCACCACAACCUCUGCCUCCCAGGUUAAAGUGAUUCUCCUGCCUCAUCCUUCCCAGUAGCUGGGACUACAGGCACCCGCCAUCACUCUUGGCUAAUUUUUUUUUUUUGUAUUUUUAGUAGAGACAGGGUUUUACCAUAUUUGCCAGGCUGUUGUCAAACUCCUGACCUUGUGAUCUGCCCACGUCAGCCUCCCAAAGUGCUGGGAUUACGGGCAUGAGCCACCGUGCCUGGCCAGCAUAAGCCAUUUUUAUCCUCAUCUAUACUGAUUGAUUUAAGUUUUCCAGACCUACAGAUGAAUUUGGAAAAGGGCAUAAUCAGGUGAUGUUGCUGUAGCAAAUUUGGACUUAAGAAACGACAGGCAGGGCUGGGCACAGUGGUUCACACCUGUAAUCCGAGCACUUUGCGAGGCUGAGGCAGGAGAAUCACUGGAGUCCAGGAGUUCGAGACCAGCCUGGGCAACAUUGACCUCAUCUCUACUAAUAAAAAAGUUAGGUGGGUGUGGUGGUAUGUGCCUGUAGUUCCAGCAACUCAAAAGGCUGAGGCAGAAGAAUUGCUGGAGCCCAGGAAGUCGAGGCUACAGUGGGUCAUGAUCGUACCACAGUACUCAACUUGAGUAUCAGAGUGUGACCCUGUCUCAAAAUUUAAAAAAAGGGACAGGCUUGUUUAAUCUUUAGAACCCUUACACAAAAAUUUUCAGAAAUUAUGUAUGUCAUUUGUAAAAUACUAGUUUUGUAAUCCUAGAUAAUUGCUUCGCAUUGAAAUUUUUUAGCUAUUUUAAAUUAAAGAAUGGCUAUUCUUUCAGCCUAAUUUCUGAGAAAUUAGACCGGAAAAUCUCCUCAAAUAUUGUAACAGUUGAAAAUAUCUUCAACUACCAAGUUUUGUUUUAUUUUGAUUUUUUGUUACAAAACUUUUAAGUUAUUUAAGAAGUAGUUAUUAGUAAAAUUGUAUCUUGAUAAAUCGUUUCCUCAUCCUGCCAUUCCCUUUUUUAAAACACUGAGGUUUUUUUAUUCCUUAAGUCAUAUAUCCCAGAAAUGUUUUGGUUGUGAAUCAUUUGGCAGUGAGCCAAGGGAGAGGCAGGGCUUCCCUUGAAAUGCCCUUUUACUUUUUUAUUUUAUUUUUAAUGCACAUUUGUGUGCACCAGAAUGGAAUGUGCUCUUUUAAAAAAAAACUGGAACAGUGGUUGCUUCAGACUUCUGAAUACCAGAAAGACUUGCCUUUUAAUUUUUAAAUAUUACUUUUUACAUUGUAAAAUGUGUUCUCUUACCCAUAUAUUUGAAUAACACUGAUCAUAUAUAAAGCUAGUUUUUUGCUUAUGCUUA